CUUACAAUAGAAAUCAAUCCCGGAAGGUGGUCUCACAGCUGCACUUGGAGCAGCGAUAAAGGGCGACACGUAAGCGACGUCUGCCAAAGGGUAACCACCAUGAGCAUGUAUGGCCGAGGUCCACCCCCGCCUCCCAGAACCGACACUGGAUACCUGCAGCAGAUGUUCAAUAACGUCGACAAGAACAGGAGCGGGAAGAUCAAUGCGACGGAGCUGCAGAGUGCCUUGUCCAACGGCACCUGGAAACCGUUCAACCCCGACACGGUGCAUCUGAUGAUAAAUAUCUUCGACCGCAGCCGCACUGGCACGAUCAACUUCCAAGAGUUUACAUCUCUGUGGAACUACAUCAAUGAUUGGCUCAAGUGCUUCCAGAGCUUCGACAAAGACCGGUCUGGCACCAUCGACAAGCGCGAAUUGUAUGAAGCUCUGACCAGCUUCGGCUACCGCUUGGGCGAGCGAACACUCGACACCAUGCUGAUGAAGUAUGACAAGGAUCGGAAAGGCUCCAUCAACUUUGACGACUACAUACUGUGCUGCGUCAAUCUCCAGACCCUGACAACGGCCUUCCGGAAUGAGGACACAGACAGGGAUGGUUUCAUAACGCUUAGCUACGAAGGUUUUCUGAAACUGGGUCUCAGCCUAAAUUGGUGAUGACCGCUUUGCGCUGGUGCCUAGAAGGGAACGACCACUCUGCUGAGAAGUCCUGCAUUCACGAAAGACGUCUUUUUAAGCUUUUGUUUUUUGUUUUUUUCAUGGCGUCUCCUCUCUUCCUCAAGAAAAAAUUACGGCGUAUGCUUUUUUGGAAGCACAAAGUGUGAGGACAUUUAAGAUCGGUGGAAUACAUAACCAACCACCCUUAAAAAUUAGGCCGCACCGUUAAGCUGUUGGAGUGCAUUUUUUUAAAUUACCAAAUAAAGGCUUCAUUAACAUGCA